UGCCCGCCCCCAGCUGUCCCGCGGGACCGGGGCUGGAGGGAAGCUGCGGGGCCGACAUCUCCAUCCCCAGCUAAACAACGAGCAAAAAUGGAUGACAUUGUGGUGGUAGCCCCAGGAACGCAGUCUUCACGGAACGUGAGCAAUGAUCCAGAUGUCAUAAAACUGCAGGAAAUUCCAACGUUCCAGCCCCUUUUAAAAGGACUCCUCAGUGGGCAGACGUCUCCAACCAACACCAAGCUGGAGAAGCUGGAUCCACAUCAAGUGCUGCAGCUGUGUCUCCGAUACCAGGACCAUCUUCACCAGUGCGCAGAGGCUGUUGCCUUUGACCAGAAUGCUUUGGUGAAGCGCAUCAAAGAGAUGGACCUCUCAGUGGAAACUCUUUACAGCCUCAUGCAGGAGCGACAGAAGAAGUACGCCAAGUAUGCGGAGCAGAUCCAGAAGGUCAACGAGAUGUCUGCCAUCCUCCGCCGUAUUCAGAUGGGCAUUGACCAGACUGUUCCGCUGAUGGAGAGGCUGAACAGCAUGCUGCCUGAGAGUGAGCAGCUGGAGCCCUUCAGCAUGAAACCCGACCGGGAGAUAAAGUCCUAGCUGCUCCAGCUCCCUCCACCUCCUGCACCCCAGUGCUUGGCACAGAUGUGCCUCCGAACUGGCCGAUGUUGGGAGUGGACAGCCGUGUUGUCUGACUUUCUGUUAGGGCACCAGAGGAGGAAUAGCCCCAGCUGCCAGGGCUGUGCAGCCAGAAAUUCAGGAGUUCCCCGGUCUCAUUGUUUGGAGAGGAACACUUAACUGUGCUCCACCUGCCCUGCUCUCUCCUCUUCCACUGCCACCACCUGUGCUGAGACGUUUGUUUCAUUGCUGUAACUGGAUGUGGGUUUCAGAGGAGUUCUUUCAUCCGUUCUUUUUACUAGAAGAAUUCAAUGGGAUAUGGAGUGUGACAAACCCUCUAAUGUGCUUUCUGUGCUGCUAGAGUUUAGAGAAUUAGAUGGCUGGCAAAUAUUUUUGAGAUCCUCUGCCUUUGGAAAUAUGUAUGUGAAAGUGUGGGAGCCAGGAAUGGCUUAUUAAAAUUUGCCUAUUAUCAUAAUUAACACAGUUUGCAUGGCAGGGUUUUGGCAUGUCCUUUCUUGAGGCUCUUUGUUUUUAUGGGCUCACUCAUUUAAUGAGGCUGUGAAGGAAUAACUGUUACAGAUAUGUCUGUUACUGCUGAGCAGCCUUAAUGUUCCUUUCUCCUUGCCCUGGCAGCAUCCUGUGCCCUAGCUGAUGGCUGUUCACAUCCCUUACUUUGCACUGCGAUUCUAACAGAUGCUGGUACCUGCCUAUUUACUUGGCACCCCAAAGUUGGAUACAAGGGAUCGGAUCUUGUGUAUUUUUUUAUUUAUUAGGAUACACCAGUUAUCUUGGUGCUCUUUUAUACCAGAGGGAUGCAGUUGGAGGGGAGACUUGAAAAGUCCUUCAGACUCCGUGCUGGCUGAACUGCUGUCAUGCUGAGAGCUUGCCUGAGCAUGGUGUUUUAUGACUAAAACCACAGGGCCCUUUGGGAUCAUGCUCCACAAACUGCUCCAAAGGCAACAGGAUGUUCCUGCGUUCCUGUGAACUGAGCCCCAGCUGGACAGUCGGCAGCCUGCUCAUGGGGCCGAGGCACUGCUCUGGGACUUGGGAGACUGCAGACUGCCAAGUCUGCUACUGGGCUGCUGCCACAGGCUUUGGUUUCUCCCCAUAUAAAAUGGGAUAUUUUACACACUGUUGUGAAAUAUUUACACAUCUAGAAAUGGUGUUCAAGCAGCCUGCACUGCAAUUGCACAGCAGCUCUUAUCCCAGCAGAAAGAGCAUGAAAGCAGAAGCAAGGAGCCUCGGGCUUGCUGGGCAAGUGGUAGGUUUGUGUUCAUUACAGACCUCCCAGAAUGCUGUUGCUGGUGAGGAGGCUGAACUUGAAUGGUUGUUUUAUUUCAGAGAUGGUCAUCCCAGACUUUGAGGGAGUCCCUGCCACAACCUGUCUGUCAGUACAGGCUUUGGGACUUCCUGGAAUAGCUCUUAGCAUAUGAGCUUACCUAAUCAGCAAAAGAUUGUCUCCAGACAUUUGAGUGUGACAGCAUCAUAGGUUUCUGAUAGUGUAAAUGGCUUCUGGAGCUAGUUUUGCUUCAUUACCAGAGGCCACAUAGCCCUUUUCGUAAUGCAUGCUGCAGCCAGCACAGGUCUGUGUUUGAAACAUGAUUGUGGGGCCUGCUGAGCACUGCUGAGGAUGGAGUACCAUAGCUGUGAGGCCCUCUGGACGGUGUCCAGUGAAGAACAAUUGGCAAACAUGUGAACAGAACAUUUUCCGGAAAGGGCAGCAGUGAGUCCAUUUCUUUACUGCUCUCACUGUGGAACUGGUACAUAGUUGUGCAUACAGAGUAUAACAAUGUAAAGAGCAGACUCCCACCUAUGCUCUUGUGUUUUACAGUAUUUUACAUUUGGUUUGUUUAAAAAAAAAAAAA